UUUUCUUUGUGCAACCAGUUCGUCUUAUUUUACUACAAACUACAUUCCUUACCAAAUCCACUUGUGAUGAUGCGUCGUGUGAUUACUCAGCCAAUCGCCCACCGUAUGGCCGCGGUUUCCUCCACCGCCCUUACGGUCCGCCCACGCUGCGCCUCCACCGUGGCAAUUUCUGUGCAGGGGCUGCACUACGUCGGUACCGGCCUCGCCGCCAUCGCCCUAGCGGGAGUGGGGAUGGGUAUCGGGACCAUCUUCGGAUCGCUUUUGCUGGCCUGUGCACGCCAGCCGAAUCUGACGAAAUUGCUCUUCAACUACGCUAUCCUAGGCUUUGCCUUGACGGAGGCUAUCGGCCUGUUUGCACUGAUGCUUGCUUUCCUCAUGCUGUUCUCGUAAAGAACACAGUAAAAGCAAGAGCCUCAGAUGUGUGUGUGUGUGUAUGUCUGUGUGUAUAUGGAAGAGAGGGGGAUUCAUUUUUUCCCCACUCUUUUGGUGUGCUCAGUUAUCGGUUAGUUAUAGGGAAGUAACCUGUGCUAUACUAGCAUAGUGUUUUUAAUUGAAAUUAACGGAAACAUGGACUAGUUAUUAUUAUCGUUGUUUAGAAUAAAGCAACAACACUAAAAUUGAGUAGAAAAUAUGUAUGAUGUAAUGUCGCCUGAUUGCUAGUACAUUAAUAUUAUUACUAAGUUAGUAGGUAUCACUUGUCGUUAUGAAAUAUAUUUUAUUGUGAGUCCUAUUUUAGA